UGAUUGUAUUGCAGACAUGGUUGGCAAAAUAAAUAAAUAAAUGAUUGAAAUAAAAGCAAAACUAGUGCGCGCCGAUUCCGCAAUUUACGCCACAGGAGAACGCGUUGAGUGCCUAAUUGAAUUCACACACAAAGUGUUUGGGGAGGAAGAGAAAAACACGCAACGCAAUGCCAACACUGCAAGCCUGGAGAAUCUGGCCUGGGCGUCGGCUCAACUGCAUUGCUAUCGAAAGACGAGCUACAGCACGCCGGGCGCGGAUAAAAGCGCCGAGCUAGCGGAGCUCAUUGGACGCACAGCCCUGGAUGCGGUUACCCAAGCCCCGGGCGAAGUAAUUGUGGCCACCAAGCCGAAGAUUCUGUUCUGCGACCUCAAGCUGCAGCCGGGCGAGACAAAGAUGUAUUUCUUCAACGAGUUUGUGCCACGCGAUGGACCGCCCACAUACCGGGGUCACGACAUACGCUACUUCUAUAAAAUCACAAUUGCGACGCAGCGCGUCAAGUCGAAGGUGCAGACACUGACGGUGCCGAUUAGAGUGCUGCCCAUAUCGAUAAUAGCGCGUCCCGACGAGCUCCCGUGCACGGCGGAAACCAACGAGGAGUUGGCGCCCACCAAUCCCUUUCUGGAGAAACGGGAAUUGAGCGAAUUGGAGAUAUCAUGGCAUCAUCUGAAGAAUGUGACGGCGCGCAGGGCGCCCAAGUUUUAUCGCAUCUCGAAUAAGCAUGGCUUUGUCGGCCGCUUCUGCCUCUUCAAGCCCGCCUACAAGCUCGGCGAGGAUAUUGUGGGCAGUCUGGACUUCUCCAACUGCCAAGUGCGUUGCGUGCAGUUCUCUGUGAAGCUGCAACAACAGGAGCUGCCCAUACGUCCACAGAGCACAGUACCCCAGUCGCAGUCCUCUUCGGUGAGCGACGAGGCCAGCUCCUUGAACUCCUUCGAUCUGGCCAGUGUGGCGAGCGGCAUUGCCGUCGACAAUAUGCAUAAAUCGGCCACGUCGGGCAGUGUGCGAGAUCGAGAGGUGCCGGAACCGACGGGCAAGCUAACGACGAUAGCCACAGCUCAUCAAGUCUGUUACGCCACUCUGCAGACGCAGGUUGUGGUGCCCAUUCCGUUGCAUGUGACGCCCACAUUCCGCACCGACUUGGUGGAUGUUAAAUGGCGUCUACACUUCGAGUUUGUCACCAGCACGAUGAUGGGCUUUGGUGUCCCCAAUCCGGUGGAGGGUGAAUUGAAAGCACCUGCCGAGCUUCCUGUCGAGACAAUGGUCUGGAAUCUGCCACUCACCAUUUAUGCGGCCAAUCCCUUGCAAAUCUAUACGCCAAAUCAAGCCUUUAAUUUGUUAAUUAAAUAAUGCUCCAAGUAUUAUAAAUAAAACAAACGCCGCCCUUAA